CAUCACGAAGACAUUUUCAUAAAGUAACUUUUUGAUUUGAAAUUUAUAUUUUCUAAUUUUAUUGCCAUGUUUAAAUAUUCUCCCAUUUACAAAUAACAACUCGAUAAAUAGUUAUUUCUGUUAUAGUUCCUGAAACUAUUUUUAUGGACGAUAAACAGAGCGUAAUCCAUGUAUACUACAUCAUACAUUUGCGAAAAAGUAAAUAUUUUACAUUUUCUGCUAAUCUACGGCCUAUCGUUUUAAAACGUUAAUUUGUCGUUUAAAUUACUUCUAUAUUCGAUAAUAAAUAUGAUAAUAUAAGCUAUUAAGUUCCUUAAUGUUAUUAUCUCUUACUGCGAACGGAAGAAAUAGGGAAGGUUUAUUGAUUUUCCAUAUUUUCCCCCCCGGAAAAUUCGCGAAACAGACAACCGCAAAUCCAGUCGCGUUGUGCGGGUAGUAUAAAGAAGUAAAAAUUUCCACGCCAUCGACAUGUGAAUUAUGUAGUUUAUGUGCCAGAAAUAAAACAAUAUCCAGUGUACAUACAGUGGUAUUACAAUACUUUCAUUGUUACUAACAAGUUUUACAUAGCGCAUAUCAUAUCAAAUGCAAUAUGAGUAUUGCCGCCCCUCAGAAACGCAUCAAUAUCAUUUCCCGCAGUGAUUCUUAUGAAUCUGCAAUUAAUGAUAUCCGAACCAUUGCUUUUUAUUACAAUAUUUUCUAAAACCUGCACGUUUUUUAAAAUAUUAAGUAGGUAUAGUUACCAAUUUUCAGAAUAAUUUCUUAUACCUAAAUGCACUAAAUCAUGGCAGUCUUCAAAAUCAGAAAAUCGUAUUGUAAAUUUAUUGUCUGGAGUGGCAUGAUAUUCUUUUUAAUAUUUAUUGUUACACGGUGGAUAAAUUCCUAUCAGCUCAUCGACGACGUUGACAGAAGAAAGAGAAUACUGAUAAUGGAUCAAUAUAUUAAAGCAAAAUCAACUUCCAAGGCUUGCAAACAACCAAAUUUGCCCGUAUAUUCUCCCCAAUUGAUGCAAUUUUUUGAAGAAGUUCAACCAAUUGACUGUAGUUCAGCAGGUUCACCGUGGGUAUCAUGUGAGAAUUCCGAAUGUAAAAUUGAAGACGAAGCAAAAAGGAAAUUUGGAGAAAUUACUUGUACGUUUACUGAUCAGAUACGAGUAGACGACUUCACUGUAGUAUCAGGAAAAUCGACGAUGAGAACAUCCGUCUAUAUUCUUAGAGAUAGUGAUGUUGUCAAAGUUGCGUGCUCCGCUGAUUCUGGAAGAAUCUGGAAAGCGGUCUUGACAGGAAUAAGACUCAAAAGUAGUAUUUUUGAUCGAACAGGAUGGCAUUACGUAAAUGACAAUUCGUUUAAAAUGAACGUCCUAAUGUUUGGAUUUGAUUCUCUUUCACGAAACACUUUCAUACGUAAACUGCCUAAAAGUUACAAAUACCUAACGGAAACCUUAAAAGGACUAAUACUAAAAGGUUAUAAUAUAGUUGGGGAUGGAACGCCUCAAGCCCUUAUACCAAUUCUGACGGGUAAAACAGAACUAGAAUUACCAGAGACUCGGAAAAGGGUGACAAAUGCUAAUUAUGUUAAUGUUUAUCCUUUUAUUUGGAAUGAUUUUAAACGAAAUGGCUAUGUCACUGCAUUUUUAGAGGAUACUCCAGACACUGGAAUUUUCACUUAUCGUUUGAAAGGCUUCAAGGAGGUACCAACAGAUCAUUAUUUCCGAACUUAUUAUAUUGCUGAAAAAGGUCACAGUUGGUUUUCUUCGCCACUGUGCUCCGGUAGUACUCCGCAACAUGUAGUUAUGUUUAACUACAUAAAACACUUUUUUUCAGUCUAUAGAAACAGGCCUAAGUUUCUUUUCGGCUUUCACGGCCAGUUGUCCCACGAUUCUUAUAACUUAAUCGGUGCUGCCGAUGACGAUUUAUAUAAAUUUCUCAAAGAAUUAAAUGAUAAGGGACAUUUAAACAACACAAUCCUGAUAUUGAUGUCUGAUCAUGGACACAGAUUUGCCAGUAUAAGAAAUACCAUUCAGGGAAAGCAGGAGGAGAGGUUGCCCUUUUUUUCAUUUACUUUUCCGAAAUGGUUUCGAAAAAAAUAUAAACAGUAUUAUACGAAUUUCGUAAACAACUUAAAUACGCUUACUACCCCAUUCGAUAUUUAUUCGACUCUCAAAACAGUGAUCGAUUUGAAUACUGUAAAGAACAACACCUUGGACCAUCGUUCAAUUUCGUUAUUCAGCAAGAUUCCCGAAGAACGCAGUUGUGCUGACGCUUACAUUGAAGCCCAUUGGUGUGCUUGCUUGGAAUGGAUAGAUCUACCUUUGAGUAAUCAUAUUGUCAAUUUUGUAAGCGCCACAUUAGUGAACACAAUUAAUAAUUACACCUCGACACAAAGGAAUAUUUGUGCCACCCUUAGUCUUUCUAGAGUUCUGUGGAUACAGGAAUUAAAACCAAAUGAGAAUUUGCUUAAAUUUAAAUCAAAUGCUGAUUACGAUGGAUUUGUUCCCGAUCUUUCGGGAAAAACAGUUGUCGAUACGAGAACGUAUCAGCUUAAAGCGGAAUUACUUCCGGGUAGAUCUCUUUUUGAGGCCACAAUUACUCACCAUUUGUCUAAUAAUGAUUUUUCUUUAAAAAUAAGCGACAUUAGUAGAACGAAUGCGUAUGGUGAUCAAGCAGGCUGUGUAGAAGAAACAUUACCGAACCUUCGAAAAUUUUGUUAUUGUAAAAGUUAAACUGGGAUUAUAAUCAAUUUUUAAUGUCAAUUUUGAAGCUCAAAUUAAU